UAAUAACACUUGACUUGUACGUCGUGUAAUCUUUUCGCAUUUCACUCUUUACUUGGCGGCGCGGUUACUCUAAAUCCCGCAAAAACGGCUUUGAAAAGAAUAUUUAAAUGUUCGUGACAAAAAGUACAGUACAUUGCGCCGUGGUACAAAGGUCUUUAGAGGUCAGUAAAAAUGUACUCACACUCUGCAAAACAUCAAUUGCACCUCGAACAUUGUUUCUUUCUGCAUUCAGAUCUUGUUUGUAACCAUGUUUAAAAUUUUUUUUUCUAAUUCAUGCUGCUUACAGUCAAGUGAGCGAAACUAAGGUUAAAGAGUUAAGCCUUUUUACCGAACCUUUAUUGAUUUCCAAAAAAAAUUGGUUUAUUUUUUAUUUAUCAUUUAAUGAUCGACAUUUUGACAGAUGUCCAUCAAAGUCAGCAAGUAAGCUCAGAAAGACUUCGCCGCACCUCAAAUUGGGAGCUGUCUCCAUUCUCCGAUCUGAAUCUUUCCGCAAACUAUCGAGGUUGACAAAGUAACCAUGAAUUCACUACUGCUCUGUUUGCUUGUUGUGUUGCUGCCAUGUGGUAAGUAAUUCAAGAAACCUUUUGUUGAGCUUUGUAAAAUUUAGUUCACUUUAAAAAUACGCACAUAUUCCUUGACGAGCAAUCGACUGCUUCUUCGUGGAAUUCGAUAGUGCUUUCCGAAUGGAUUUUUCACAAAAAUAUACCGACUGUAGAACAUACUUAACUGUCGUAAAUCGUCAUAACGUUCUUACAUGUGAUGAUCUCUUUGAGCAAGCUCCUAUAUUGUUUGUGAGCAACUGAUUACUAAUAGCGGUGGAAUUUUGAGGCAUGGAACUCUCUUGCGCCUAAUGAAAUUCUGGCAUUUUGUGAGUCUCUCUUCAGAUGUUGAUCACGGCCUCGAUAUUUUCUUGUUUUGUAAUUUUUAAAGCUAACAGAAACAUGAGUUCUUCCCAACGAGUCAUUUAUGAGUAAACUCUCCGCCCUGUACAUGCACUAGAGCACGCUAUAAAACAUUGCCGAAUCAAACCACUUAAUUUUUUUAAGGAAAAUAAAACGGUCUACCAUGAUCUAUUAGCCAUACAAAGGAAACAAAGAACUUGUAGCUUCUUUACUCACGAGAAAUUCUUCUCUAAUAAGAAGGAAUGAAAUUUAAAAUUUCAAAGAGCAAUGUAUUGAAUAUUUCACUCUUGGGUGCUUCAGGGCAAGCGCCUCGUGAUGCAACUAUCAUGUGACAAAUUCUUCCCCCCAAACGAUAAGAUUUUCCUACUGAAAAUGCUCUGUAUUGCAAAAAAAAUAUGUGGGUUAAGAGUUUGUGAAUAGAAUUACUUUUGCUAUCUAGUGCACGAACUAUCCGAACGUAUGCAUAUUGUUGACUUACUCGCUAGGUUGUCGACGCCGUAAUCUUAAGAAUCGUCCAGAUAUUCAGACCAAAAAACAUUGAACACUCUAAUCAGGUUUGCACGAGGCACUUUUAGGAUAUUUCUGACUUCCGAUCGAUUUAUUAUUUGAGACCGUGCCCGUGCACACCAGAGAGGCGUUCAUCGAGCAGGGGUUCUUUUGAUAGAUUGUGACUGUUAAUAAUUCUACUCUGAGUUAAUUAGUCUUUGUUACACAAACCUGCCUACAAAAUUAAGAUAUGUGACUUACAACUUAGUUGGCAUAUUCGUUGACUAGAGAAAUAUUCUUGUUGUGGAUAAAGACAUAUAUUGUCGCUCUGACGAAGGCUUACGACCUAAAGACUUAAACGCCUUAAACACCCUAAACACCCACGGAGCCAUUUGACUAGCGAUACAACUUGUGACGUUUUACAUCGCACAUGAGCCGUUUUCAGUCAAUUUUUCAGGCCAAUUUGCGUUAUCAACUCAGUUGAUAAUACUAAAUUGCUCUAAAUUACCCUGUUAUACUCUCCCACCAACGCAGCACCACAGUUUCUUUAGAAACUUACUCCCUUUUAAAUCCAGUGACUCGCAUGAUGUUAGAUUCUGAUGGAAGAUAUAUGCAAAGAAUCUCAAAUAUGACUGCAUGAAUAUUGACCCUUACCUUUCACUGUCGAGAUCUCAAUUUCAAUUAUUCUUUUUUUUUGCCGUACUUUCCUUAUGAUAUUAUAGGAAAAUUCAUUACCUGACGAGUUAAUUCCGCGUUAAAUCGCACGCGAGAACCGAUAUCGCACGAAUCACGAUUUACUUAAUACUUCGCUUCGUUGACCAAGCGGAAUGUGAGAUUUUUUCUAAUCUGAACAAUUCCUCGUAGUUUGUGGUCUUCUUUAGGGCCUGUUUACAUGGAUGUGGGAACCCCAGGUAGGUGAGGUAACCCACCUAGCCGUGGUCGAAAAAUAAAACGCGUUUAAAUGCAAUCUUACAACCCCGGGGUGCUGGGGUGAGGUUUCUUGAGGUUGUUGUUGCGCUUGCAAUUAGGGAGUUUGAACACUGACGUCCCAAGCUCACAUCUCGAGAAAGACGAAAGAUUAGCUCUCGGACAUGUAUAUAUUUAUUCAUGAAAGCGUCACGCGUUGUGUUACGCGGUGUUAGGUUACGCGAGGAAUCGUAGACUUAAUGCGUUUUAAGGAAUUGUUUGGUAAACGAAAUAUGGUCGAUUUUCAACGCUAAAUAUUCCGAAAUGUGAACAUUUUACACUCCUUGUGUGUUCGUUGCGGUUUCUGGUGAUUUCUGCCAUGAGACGGCUAGGAAAUGCAUAAAGUUUUAAAACAUUCGUGUUUAGCUUCUGCGCUUUUUGCCAUAAGCAUGGGCUAGGCAGGUUACUCCACCUUGAGACGUUUACAUGGCAAAUUUGUCACCUCGGCUGACGGGGUUACCCCACCUGGCAGACCGGGCAACCCGCCUUGGCGGGUUACCCCACCUAUCUGUAAACGUGAUCAAGAUAAAAUUAGAGAUUAUAUGGAAAGGCGGGUUACCUCAACUACCUCCAUGUAAACAGGCCCUUAUUCUCGGUAACCUUCUCAUUAGACGUGUCGAUGUGUAUUUUCCCUAGGUAUUUUUCGAGUUUGAUGAAAAAACAACGCGUAAAUGUACCCACAGACAGCCCAAGCUCACGCCACGAGAAAAAGUCAACGACUAAUUCAUGAAAGCGUCACGCGUUGUGUGACUCGGUGUUAAGCUACGAGGCUAAAUAUUUCGAAAUAUAAACAUUUUACCCUCAAAAUCUAUAAAAAAAUUUACUCACAUCCUGUUUGCCUGUUGUAGUUUCUGGCGAUAUCUGCCGUUUUAAGCUUGCUUUUCCAUCAUUGUUAUUCCUGUCAGAAGUCUUUUGACAGGAAUAACAGUGAUGGAAAAGAAAGCUUAAAACGGCAGAAAUCGCCAGAAACUACAACGGACACAAGCGUUCUACAGCGAUGCGUGAGCACAAAUUUCCAAUGAAACGCCUGUUUUCCAGAUAAUCUACGCGCUUGACGCCCUGAAUGCCUGAUCAGAUACAUCUGUGUGCACGAGCACAGUGACAUAUUUAAAAAAAAAAAGUAAAUUUGAAUUUUGGGAUUUAUUGUCGCAGUUGUAAACGCUCUCAUAGCGGACCGUUCUUCGCUUUUCGUAGAACAGACAUGUCUUGCUGUCAACCGUACAGAGGCUAGAGUGAGUCGAAACGCGCUGGGGAAGGGGGGAACUUUUCCACCCCUUGCCCAAAGCCGAUAGCGCUUCGUCCCUAAAAAACGCAUAAAAUUUCACCUGUCUCGCCAGUUACGCUUUGCAGUAAAUUUAAUAUGGCCGCGACUGUUGUUUGCCUAUUUCGGGCACGUGACUAAUCUAUGACAUACCGAGCUAAAGAGAUCUAUUUUUUCCAUUUGCAAGCAAGUGUUACCUGCGUUUAUUUAAGUUUCUAAAAGCUCAAAGCUAAAAGCGCCUUAUAAUAUAAAACGAAGCCAGACUAUAUCGGACAAAGCUCAACUGCUUACCUUGCAUUUGAUUGGCCGAGGUAAUCCAACAGCUUACAUUUAUACCCAAAUACAAUAGCCCUUGCAUUUCACGGGGAAUUAGUUCCCUGUAAUAUUUCGAUCAUUCUCUUGUCAACUCUCACAGCAAACCAACGAAGAACCAUGGAAACUUUUUUCAGGUCAAUUUUCGUUACUCUGUUCGCGUUAUGUAUCACACCAUCUGGUGAGUACAUUUUCCCAAGCAUUAUUUUUAUUUCCACACCAUGUGCGGUUUACGUGUUUAUCUGUAUGCCCGAUUGAAAAGCUUUAGCGCUGCCAAAGUCACCGUAGAAACUUGAAAAUCAAAUGUUGCAAUUCUUGAGAGAGGACAGAUACAGAAAAAAUUUUGUAGAUGUAACAAAAGCAAAAACAAAAUAUAUUUUUUGUUAUGUAAACGAUUUCGGUCCCUUCAACGCGGAGACGUUUAUUUGGUUUGGUGGUCUGGCUUUACCAGGUUCGGGAAACCAGGUAUAAAUUCGCAGUUUCGACUUCUUAGUAAAUAUUACGCAGAAGAGAGGAAGGAAGGUUUUGAAUUUCUUCUAAUUUUCGUGAACGCAAGCAAAUAUAUUUGCAGUUCCUAAUCAGUCAGGUUAAAACAAAAGGAUAAAACUCCUUACCGCAGCACUUAGAAAAACAUAUUUAGGCCCAGUUCGAACUUAACAGGAGACGAACUUAACCGUGCGAUAUAAUUUCAUGUUAAAUUCGUUCAACUGAAUUUUGACCAACCAACACCCACUGUCCGUCUGGUACAGAGAUAUAGAACGUGUUAAAAUCAACUGUGGGAUCUUUUGCUCUAAAAUAUCAUUUGUUCGACGCAGCAAGUUCGACGAUUGACCCAGCGGUCGAACUUAAUCUGUUUGGGUCGACCAAAAUUUCAAUUUAAUUCGUCUCAUGUGAAGUGUGACGUUUUAACGGGGCCUUAGUUCCCGUCAAGAUAAUUUUUUCUGCUUUUCGUCUGUAUUAAUUUUGUUUUUCAUUUUCGCUAUGUAAUCACAUAUUUAUUUUCCAAGUUGAGCGACACGGUGAGCCAAACGCAAUAUGCAAUGACCAAGUAGUGAAUUGCAUCACGGUGGCGUGUUCCAACCGAAUUCUCGAUAAUAAAUGCCACCGAAGUAAAAUGUAAACAAAGACGGGAGGAUAAAUUACUCUUCUUAUUCAAGAAAAUGACUCGUAUUCAACGGUCGCCUCUUUUAUGCACUAAAAUUUAGCCCUUUUGUAAACCAAAAUUUACAUUAAGCUGACUCUAAAGACAUGUUAAAGUCGACCUUUUUACUUUUAAGAAAACUUUGUAAAAUCGUGAAAAAUUCGGCUCUUGAAAUAGCGUUCAAUGUCAUUCUGCCAGAUUUCUCUUUGAAUUCUUGUCCAACAUAUCAGGUGGGUCUCUCUAAGGGUUAGUUUAGUUAUUAGUGUUAUAGACAAUAUGACUUGGUAAAUAAAUUCUUCUUCAAGUCAGCUCAAGGAUUCAUAAAACAUGUUAUUUGUGCCGGAUUGAUGGUAGACCCUGUAGUUGACUUGUUGUACCAUUGCUUGGUGAUAGAAGUUGGCAGAAAUGUGACGAAUUGCGAACAUCGAAGCCACUCUAAUUUUUUUCAUCAAAAGUAUCCUCUAAAGAAAACAAAGGAGGCUCUUAAUGUUUAAGUGCGCAUGUCUUCAUUUGACUUGCAAACAAAUAUAAUCGCGUGUUGUCAAUACACUGUCAUGCGGCUUCUCGUACGUUUGUGUGUCAGUCAGUGAAUGUUAUCGCGUGUUGUCAACUAUAUAGUACAUAUGCCCGUGUGUUGCGGGGGGUGGGGAUGUUGAAGCUUCGUUCGAAUUGAUUGGCGGAUGAAAUCUGGGCCGAUAAAGUCACGUAUUCUCCUUUGUUGUGGGGAUGUGGGUAUGUACUGACUCAAAAUUUUGAGUCUAUUAGCCAUUUUUGUUUGUAAAUGGGAGUAGAUUUUCAUCAAAUGUCAAUGUUCAACUUAAGGACACAUUCUCGAAAAAGAUUUUUCGGUGAACAAUACUAUAAAUAAUUACAAUAGAUUUGAUUUAAAAAAAUAUAUAUAUGUAUAUAUAUAUAUGUAUAUAUAUAUAUAUAUAUAUAUAUAUAUAUAUGUACAUAUAUACAAUGUGACAAAUGUCUGAAAGUAUGAUACAACUUUUCUUGAUUUAAAAACUCGUCAAACAUCUUCAUUUUAAAAUUUUCUCAAAGUUUGCAGGACUCUUACGCAGUUUGAUAUGAUUUCAAGGCAAAUACGAGAGCGUAUAAAUGUAUUUUCGAAUUCGAUUGAAAGAUACAAAAGGAAUCGUAGCAACCAAAUGUCUUUCGCGUUACAUUUCGAGUGAAUUUUUGGAAUUUUCGACUGAUUUAGUUAAUUUAAAUGAUUUCGGUGAUAUUGAAUGAUGUUGGAUGUCGUUGGCGUGUUGGAUGAUAUUGGACGAUAUCGCAAGAUGUUAAAUGAUAUUGCAUGAUGUUGGAUAAUAUUGCAUGAUGUUAGAUGAGAUUGCAUGAUGUUGGAUGAUUCUGCUUGAUGUUGGAUGAUAUAGCAUGAUGUUGGAUGAUAUUGGAUGAUACUUGAUGAUACUGCAUUAUGUUAGAUGGUAUUGGAUAAUGAUGAUGGUAAAUAAUUAAAGAAAUACAAAAAUAACCAAGGGACCUCUCAGAGUCUAAUCUUCUCAACCUUAUCCAACAGCACUAGCAUUAAAAUGUGACGUGUGUACCAACCUACCAGCGCAAGCGGGACUCUCGGGAAAACCCUGCACUGCUCCAGAUGUCAUGGAGUGUCCCUUUGGUAUGGAUAGAUGUAUGACCAUAAACGGUGAAAUAGCGAUUCCUGGUGCUGGUUCUGUGGAAUUCACAUUGAAAAACUGUUCAAACAGUGCACUCAUGUGUGCACCGGACGGCGUAGCCAACUGUGAGUAAAACGUUUUAGUUAACAGUAAACGAGUUGCCAAUAAUCAGGUCAUUGUGUUAUGCGCAAGGGUUUCUGGGACCGCAAGGGGGGCAAACAUAGCUAGUUUCCAGAAGGAAAUGUACGGCGUAAAGUCCAUGGUUUCGACGUCCGAUAAAUUUUCAAAACUCGAGGGGACAAGUCUAUCAGUACAUAUUUCAUCGAUAUUCAAAUAUAAUCUUACACUUUCAUAGUAUCAACAUUGUCUAAAUCCAUUUCUGAAAAUAAGGCGGCGAUUCCGAUUCUUUUCCUCUAAAAUCGUUUUUUUGGACGUCGAAACAGCUUGUUAAUACUUGAAAAUUUUGGGUAAACACAUAGAUCCGACUACUGACAAUUCACGUAGUAAGUGCAUUAAACCGUAGUUAAAUUCUCAUCAAAGUAGAUUUUUUUUUUACGUCUUGCCACCAGAUUUGCACCCUUACACCCUAGCCGCUGCAUGCAUAUUCUUCCUGCUCCUCUCCCUACAUUUCAUUUGGUACUGAUCAUUUCCUUUAUUCUCAUGACCUUAAUGGUUGAUUCAAUCAUCAUACCGUGAGGAGAAAUAAGACACUGGUCACUCUGACAUUGUGAAAAGGUUACGUAGGGUCGCUAAGCUUUUCCUUGACGUUUCACGAUAAUUUUAAAUCAUAUUUUGUUUCUUUUUUUUUUUUACAGUCUGCAAAAUUUUCAACACGACCGGGCUUAUGUCUUCUUGUACAACGGAUUGCUGUGAGGGAGACAAUUGCAACGGAGUCUCUGGAGCUGAAGCCGCUGGUCUGUCAGUCUGGCUUGCAAGCUUCUCCGCCAUUUUGAUGGCCCUGCACAAGAACUUUCUCAAUUGAUUUGUGAACUCAAAGUAGUUAAAUAUUCGUUUUGUUUUCGAGUUUGGCAAGAAACUGUUGAGAACACGAGAUAAAAUCAAUCUUUGAAAAAUAACUUUUGUUACAGUUUUGUGCAGGAUUUUUGAUUACCUUACUAAGGGCCCUGGCGCACUAGGCAAAUUUUGAGAAAAAAAAUUUGUCAUCAGUUCAGUGAGACAAGUGCACUUGGUGUUUUUUUAUCCCACCAAAGUUACAUAUAUUUUUCAGGCGUGAAAUCUGACAGAGUUUUCAAUUUACAAACCACCAUUUUAAGGAAUACGUCAAUCAAUGGGUCCUUCCCUCUUAAAAAAAAAUAGAACUUCUCGAGGAAAUUCUUGACAAGUUUCAAGUUCCUGAGCCUCGGCUUGAUCC